AUGGUCACUGAUUUAACAUCAGAUGCCUUCAUAGCGUGUUUAAAGAGAUUUGUGGCUCGAAGAGGUUUAUGUUCGAAAUUAUUUUCAGAUAACGGCACAAACUUCAUAGGAGCAAAUAAGGAACUUUCUAAGUUAUACAAUUUAGUUUUAAAACUCGACGAUAGUCUUGCUAGUUAUUUGUCAACAGAGGGAAUUGAUUGGAACUUCAUUCCACCUAGAGCUCCUAACUUUGGUGGCCUCUGGGAAAGUGGAGUUAAAGCAUUUAAAUAUCAUUUCAAACGCAUUUUAGGUAAUUCCAAGAGCUAUGAAGAAUUCCUAACAGUUAUUACGCAAAUAGAAGGAAUUCUAAAUUCUAGACCACUUGCACCUCUGUCGUCCGAUAUCGAUGUGUAUGACGUGUUAACCCCUGCUCAUUUCUUAAUUGGCAGAUCCUUAAAUACUGUUGUAGAGCCAAAUUUAAUCGAAGUUAAAGACAAUCGAUUAUCCAAUUGGAAAAAACUGACAAAAUUAAUUCAAAUGUUUUGGAGAAAAUGGCAUAUACAGUAUCUUAAUAAUUUGCAACAGAGGUCCAAGUGGAAGAUCAAAGAAUUUCAUAUACCUCCUUCCUCCACCUCCUUCCCUCUAUUCUCUUCUACCAUUCUCGGAGAAAUUCGGCGUGAAGCUGAAAUCUACUUCACGGCGGCCUACUUCUCCCCCUCUAGUACCACCCAGAACAAACUUCCCAAACUGCAGUACAGACUGUAA